AAACACCCAUCAUUCCCAGUCUUCGCACCCACGAGCCCAUAGCUUCUACAGCUCUUCGUUUUCCAUAAUUCCAACGCCGUUAUGAGAGUCAAAAUUCAAAGGUGGAACGCGGUAGCGACGUGGAGAUGGGACAUACCCGACGACGAUGUCUGCGGAAUCUGCCAGGUGCAUUUCGACGGGACAUGCCCUACGUGCAAAUACCCAGGGGAUGACUGCAGCUUGCUCUCCGGGAAAUGCGGACACAAUUUCCAUAUGCAUUGUAUCGUGGAGUGGAUCAAGCAGGAUUCUUCAAAGGGACAAUGCCCUAUGUGCAGGCAGAAAUUCGAAUGGACGGAUAAUGCGACCGCGGGCUCUGUGGUGAGGGUCGAGGCUUGAUUGCAACAUUGGGAUCGUACUGGGCAUUUGGGUAGGGCGUUCGGGUCUGCAAUGAGAGGGCUAGCAUUGGGAAAUAACAUUCCACGUGUGCUACGAGCAGCGGUACGAUUGCGAACAUAACGGGAAGGGUGAGGACAUACCCGAGGCGUUGGCAUGGAUGAUACCCUUCAUAUGGACGGAUGGCAUGGGAUCGGCAUCCGUUCACAAAAUAGAAAUGAUAAUUGUGCAUGAAUGGCGU